CGCGUUUCCCACAAUCUGGAGGAAGUGGCCUGAGGACUGAUGUCCCCUCACAUCUGCAGGUCUGGUGUCUGUCGGGACGAACAUCUGCGCUGCAGGCUCCUGCUGAUCUCUUCUCAUGAAGGCAUGUCAGAAGCAUGUCAGGAGCAUGUCAGGAGCAUGUCUCCGCAGAAAGGAGGGGUUGUGAACUCGUUGUUUGUGCAGCUGUCCUGAAGAGGAAGGCUUCACACUGAGCUGCAGGUGUUCAAACACAGAAUUAAUACCCAGCCCCCCAGCCCUGCUCAUGGCAAAGAUGAGCUGGGCUGCCGGUACGCAGUGUGUAGCUAAGGCCGACCACAGGAAACCAAAACCUGAAGAGCUGUCGUACCACAAAGGAGACGUCCUCACCAUUGUUGACCACGGCACGAAGAAGGGAUAUUACAAGGCCAGACACAACAGCACGGGAGGGGAAGGACUCAUAAACUCGUCCAAUGUGCGCGAAAGAGAAGCUCUGCGUGUCGACCCCGGCCUCAGCUUCAUGCCUUGGUUUCACGGGAAGAUUUCGGGUCCAGAGGCGGUGUGUAAGCUGCAGCCGGCCGAGGACGGGCUCUUCCUGGUCCGAGAGUCCAUCCGCCAUCCCGGCGACUACGUCCUGUGCGUCAGCGUCUCCGGAGACGUUAUCCACUACCGGGUGAGAUAUCGGGACAACAAGCUGGCCAUCGACAACACACAGUAUUUCUACAACCUCAUUGACAUGAUAGAGUUUUACUCGAAGAACAAAGGCUCCAUCGCUACGAUUCUCCUGAAGCCAAAACAAAAACAUGGAACCAAAUCUGCCGAGUUGGAGCUGUCGAAAACUGGAUGGCUGCUCGACAUCACGAAGCUCAAACUGGGGAAGAAUAUCGGAGAGGGGGAGUUUGGUGCUGUUCAUGAAGGACACUAUAUGGGCCAGAGGGUGGCAGUCAAGACCAUUAAAUGUGACGUGACCGCUCAGGCCUUCCUGCAGGAGACGACGGUGAUGACGAAGCUGCAGCAUAAAAACCUGGUGCGACUGUUGGGGGUGAUUCUGCACAAAGGGCUUCAUAUCGUCACAGAGCUCAUGACUAAGGGAAACCUUGUCAACUUCCUCCGGACAAGAGGACGCUCGGUUGUACACUCAGUUCAGCUGCUCCGCUUUGCUCUGGAUGUGUGUGAGGGGAUGGAGUACCUGGAGUCCAAGAAGUUGAUUCACAGAGAUUUGGCGGCUCGUAACGUGCUGGUGUCUGACGACAGCGUGGCCAAGGUCAGCGACUUCGGCCUGACCAAGGUGGACUCGAAAGAGUCCGAUAACGCCAAACUGCCGGUCAAAUGGACCGCGCCCGAAGCGCUGAAGAAAGAGAAAUUCUCCACAAAGUCAGACGUUUGGAGCUACGGCGUUCUUCUGUGGGAGAUCUUCUCUUACGGUCGGCAACCUUACCCUAAGAUGUCUCUGAAGGAGGUGAAGGAGAAGGUGGAGGGGGGCUAUCGCAUGCAGGCCCCAGACGACUGCCCCCCCGGCGUUUACUCCCUGAUGAGGAUGUGCUGGGAGCCGGAGCCUCGCAGGAGACCUGCCUUCCACAAGCUGAGAGAGAAACUCGAGCGAGAGAUGGGGAAACUCAGCCCGGGGUGUCGGGAGGGGAUCGGCACAGGAUCCAGGUGCUGAUCUUGAACUCAUAGUGAUGGAAACAGAGUGGCGGCUGACGGAGAGGUAACACACACAUUGUUACCCGCUGCUGGGUUGGCGUGUGUCACACAAGAUGGCGCGGUGCACAUUGAACUGGAUUCUCUUCUCUACUUUGGUCCAUUUGGAGUUCGUACAGACGUUCACGCUCCCCAGAGGAUAAACCCUCAACGACUUUGGUGACUUUUCCUUUUGCGCCACCAACAAGUUCAAGUCAAGCACAGUCCAACACACAGUACAACACACAGUACAUACCCUGUACCCCAGUUUCUUUGUGGUUGCACAAUAAAUACAAAUAACUUAAAUAAUUAAAUCAAUAUAACUGCAGCCUGUGAUAAUAAAUAUGCUUGCUGCUUGUGAAUGUUCCAUAGAAACCGCCUCGCUUUGAGCACGAGGGCCUAGUUUAAUGUGAACACAAUUUAUUUAUUUAUGAAAAACUAUUUAAAUUGCAAUGUGUCUGUAACGUUCAUACUGCCAUACUUGAUGACAGUUAUUAGUUUGUAGUUUCACUCAACAGCACGUUGUUCUCUCUCUCGCUGCAACCGACACAACCAGGAAGCUUUAUGCAAAUGAUGUCAUCAGGUGACUUUUAGAGCCUGUGCUCGUUUCUUUCAUUGGUUGACUUCACAGGAAACUCUGCGUUUCGUUUUCAACGGCUUUGUGCCGUAAAUCGAGCCUUCGUUUCCCCUGGAGAUCGGACCUGGUGGCAAAGCAAAGCUUACAGGGAGACAAUCCAAACGCAGAUGUCAUUAUUCUACAGCCAUUACAUCGUGCAAUCAACGUUUACUUCAUAAUGACAAGAUAAAGCAAAGAACUUGUCCUUUGACACUUAAAUUAUACAUUUUAAAAUGUUUUUUUGUGACUAAAAGAUUUAAUUUUAAUGUGUUAUUUGCACACACACAUCAGACUGCAUAAAAUUCAGAUAUUAAAAAAAAUAAUAAAUGUAACAAUAAAAGGAAGAAUACAAAAUGAGAAGAAAAACUAACUAAUUAAUCCAAGUAAAAUAAAAUAAAUACAUGAAAAACAAUAUGGGGAAAAGGAAGAAAAUAAUGUAAACAAUGUGUUCACUGUAAUAACAAACAUUCAAACCACAGGACGAUGCUCGGCCACUGUUUGUGAAGUCUGUGGACACUUUGUUUUUCGUACCACACCAAUGCGUUACAACUAACAAGUGUUGUCUGUGUAGCCAAAGCCAACUGGUGUUUGGCGGUAAGAUGCCAUAAUGUUUUAGAAAUACUGAACCUUGAGUUUGAAUCUCCUGAAUGUUUGAAUGUGGGUUCAGUCGAUGAGGUGAAGAGCAAACAGGAUUUAGUCUCCGUUUACUGUAUGAAUAUGGUACCUGUAUGAUCAAAGUUUGCAUGCAAAUUAAACACAGAAUAUUUAUAUUUAUUGUCAGGGAGCAAUGUCAGGAAAAAGACACAAAAUGACUACAAAGAGACACAACAUGACUAUAAAGAGAAACAAUGACUUCAAAGAGACACAAAA